GCCCGCCGCUGCCAUCCCCGCCCCCGUCAUCUCCCCUCUGCGGCCACCCGGUACUAGAAGCAGCCCCGGGCGGCGGUGCGACGGUCCCCGCCAUGUCUGCAGCCAUGAGGCAGAGGUUCGACCAAUUCCUGCACCAGAAAAACUACCUGACUGACAUCUUGGCCAAGAUCGAGGCCAAGACCGGCGUGAACCGGAGCUACAUAGCGCUAGGUGUCAUCGGGCUGGUGGCCUUGUACCUGGUGUUUGGUUAUGGAGCCUCUCUCCUCUGCAAUCUGAUAGGAUUUGGCUACCCAGCCUACGUCUCAAUUAAAGCCAUAGAGAGUCCCAACAAAGAAGAUGAUACCCAGUGGCUGACCUACUGGGUAGUGUAUGGUGUGUUCAGCAUUGCCGAAUUCUUCUCUGACCUCUUCCUGUCAUGGUUCCCCUUCUACUACAUGCUGAAGUGCGGCUUCCUGCUGUGGUGCAUGGCUCCCAGCCCCGCCAACGGAGCAGACCUGCUCUACCAGCGCAUCAUCCGGCCCUUCUUCCUGAAGCACGAAUCUCAGGUAGACAAUGUGGUGAGUGACUUGAAGGACAAAGCCAAAGAGACGGCGGAUGCCAUCACUAAGGAAGCCAAGAAAGCCGCCGUGAAUUUAUUGGGUGAGGAGAAGAAGAGCACCUAAACCACUGACUGGAUGAAAGCUUCCUGCCCUCCCUGUACCUUCCUAUUAGAGCUCGAUGUUAUAUUAGGAACUGUGGUAAAAUAAUUUGAAUAAUGUUGCCUUGGAAACAUUUUUGAUAUAUAUAAAAAAAGGAAUAUGUUGUAAGAUUUUUUGCUUACUUUUACUGUCUAUAUACAUAGGGACAGUGUCCAAGUUUUUGGAAAGUAGAUUUUGCCUCUGGGUAGGAAAAGACUUAUGUUACCAUGUAGGAAAUAUGAACUUCAAAUUAAAUUAUAAUAUCCCAUGGGCCUUGUACUUGAGUAGGCUUUCUGCAUGCAUUUUCUCUGUACUUAUAUUUUAGGACACUCUUUCGGUUCUACUUCAUGUAAUGUGCAGUUUUGUAUUAAAUGUUUUAAUGUAUCUGUGCGUACACACACAUGUGGGGAAUGUUCCUGCGUGCAGAUGCGUGCAGAUGCCCACGGGGAGUGCCUGCCAAAGGCUGAAGACUCCCUUGUGCUGGUGUGAUCUGCCCAGUAGCACUCCAGAAAUUGAACACCAGUGAGUCAUGUUUCAAAUGAACAGUUAUCAUGUUUCAAAUGAACAGUUAAUUGAUAAAUGAGGCAGAACGGAGGUUGGCCUGGUUGCGUUCCUAACACCAUAGCAGCUGAAUACCAGAACAGCUUUGUAAAGCAGUCGUUUGAGUGGCAGAUGGGGAAAUGUACACACACAUUACCGCUCCCAAUUCGGUAGAACUAGUACCAUUGUCUUGUAGCUUUUUAAAAACUGGCUGAUAAGCUUGAUAUUCGUCUGCUUUUAAGAUGCUAUAGUGGAAACCAUCCCCUGUUUCACCUUCAUAGCCAAGCAACAUGUUGGUUUAGUCUUCUUUCUUUCCCAGGCUCUUUUUAAACAGUUUAAGGAACAUCCAGAGACUUCCCCACCUCUUGUUAUAUGUACAUUCUUGUUUAUAUUGUUAGCAACUAGAGGCUAAGGAUGUCACCAGGCUCGAAGAGCCAUUCUGGGAGAGGAAAGGAAGGACGACACGCCCCAUCAUCUGGCUGGCAGUGGCUAAGCCAAACUGCCUUCACCUUCUUUCCCUGGCCUGUAAGGUCCAGCACCAGAGGCUUCCCUAGUUUACAAGUCAGAAUCAUUUGUAGUCCAUUUCCAUGCCUGCAUCUCCAUGCUUUGUUUUGAUAAUCUGCAUAUAAUGUCACUAGCCUGAUUGGCCAAAUAGCUUAUAGGGAUCUUGACAACUUGUCUGUACUGGAGAAUUGGAGCUUUAUAUCAGCCAUACUACUAGGAUCCUUCUGAAUUGGACUAUACUGACUAAAACAAGAGUAUAACAAAUAACAUAAUUAAAUAUCCAGGCCUGUAUAUUACUUUUUAAAGCAAAUAAAGAUGAUUUGUUGUCUUGCAGAUAACAAUUAGGUAAAAUCGUAAUGAUGUUUUAUGAUGUAAAAAAUAUCACACCUAUGAAAAAUCAGGGACAGUAUCACCCAAAUAUUAUAAUAAUAUGGAUGAGGACAUUUAUUUUUUUCAGUGGGGGAGUGUGAUGAUGAUAAGGCAGCUUAUUAAACUUUAUUUUAAAAAAUCAAAACUUUAUUUUGUCUUUUUGAGGGUCGCACUCACGGCGUAUGGAGGUUCCCAGGCUAGGGGUCUAAUCGGAGCUGUAGCUGCUGACCUACACCACAGCCACAGCAACGCAGGAUCCAAGUCGAGUCUCCAACCUACCACAGCUCGCGGCAAUACCUGAUUCUCAACCCACUGAGCGAGGCCAGGGAUCUAACCCAAAACCUCAUGGUUCCUAGUCAGAUUUGUUUCUGCUGCACCAUGACAGGAACUCCAUAAAAAAUAAAAAUCAAAACUUUAGAAAGCAAACAGAAUUAGUUGUUAUUAGAAGAAUAUCAAGCCUUAGAUUAAAGGGGGAAGAAAAAAGGACCUCUAGGAAUAGUUAAAUCCCUUUCCCCAUAAAAAAUUCGUUUCUUGAUGUGAAAAAGUAUAAAAAUUAGCAACUUCUGGCAUGGAGAAUAUAUAGUCAGAUUGAUAGUAUACAAAAUAUGUAACUUUUUGUAUACAAAAUAUCGGGCAAGAUGGGGAAGCAAAAAUUUACUGUUACUCUUAACUACUUACAGCCUAAUAAUCAGUUUAAAAACUACUAUAGAAAGAAAAUUAUGAAUGCAGUUUUUUUUUUUUUUCUAAAUCACCAUAGCUUUCUCUUACAGUGCAUUCUCUAGGAAAUUUUACCUUUUUUUGGCAGUCAUAAUGUACAUAAUAUUAAUGACAGAAGUUAUGAGUUGAAUAAUUCUAUCUCAGUUUAGAUUUCCCAAAUAAUAUAUUGCCAUGGCUAGAGUAUUUGAAAAACUAAUUGAGCCUGUGUCUAGCUAUAAGACAAGCAAUUAUUUGUACACAAGUACUGUACUGGGGAUAUGUAAAGUUAAAGAAUGCCUACAAUAAUUCUUCUCCUGCUUAAAAGCUUCUGAUUGACAGGCACUGCUGCUCCAGGGAGUCUUCUGUCUACAGCCUGAAGGAAAUGAGCAUAGCCUUUAAAAGUUACCCCCUCUUGAAGAUGUGAUAUAUAUUAAAUGGAAAUGGAUGAAAAUAAAAUUCCGUUAUCUCACUGA